GGAUGAAUGCAGUGAAGCUGUUCCCAACGUGGUGGGAGAAAGUUCACAGAGUCUUGAAGAUGGAUCUCAUCUUGAUGCAAAUGAUGGACACUCGUCUGACAGUGACAUCGGAGAACAGAGUCUGCAUUUGCAAGCAAGAUUCAAAAAACAAAAAGGAAUUACGGAGACUGGAACAGCAGAAGGGGCAGGAAAACCCCAACCGUCUCAUUCAACGCCAACAACAAAUAAUGAAACAGACAUUGGCGAGGGGCAGGACAUCAACACAAAUGAACAGGAUGCCGUUUGGAUUAAUCUGCCAAAUUCCAAAGAUUUCUCUGACGCUUGCUUUGAAAUUAUUGACCUAAACAGAGCAGUUCCCAAUGCCUCCUCACAAACAGAGAUGGAGUGCAUCUGUUAUGACACAUUUGAAGAAGCAGAUACAGUUGUAUGGGAUCCAGAUGACAGCCUUGUUAUAAUAGAUCAGGAUGAGGCGGCAGUAACCAUUGGGAGUACUGAGAUGUAUGGAGGGACUGAACAGGCUUCACAACUCCUGUUACCUUCUGACAAUGAACUGGCUUCACAAGUUGUACAGUCCCUACAAGAGGAGGGAGCACAGACUGCAUAGGACAGUGGAACACAUCGUUUACCGCAAGACUUGUUUCUCAAUUUCAAGCAGUCCGCUAUCCCCUUCAACCUCACCGAACAAUCUAGGAGAUCCAAGGACACCAUGGCGUGCAGCCAUUUGUAGGAUCAAGGUUGUUGAUGAUCUUUUGUCUGUGUUUAUGGACUGCAGCAUAAUGGAAUUCAAUUUAAAGAUUAUGUUUGUAAAUGAAAACGCUAUUGACGAUGCUGGUGUGUCAAGGGAGGCUUACAGUGCAUUCUGGGAACAAUUUCUUGAACAGUGUGAAGGGGAAACAGAGCGGGUUCCAAGGCUCAGGCCAGAUUUCUGUGAGGCUGAAUGGCAAGCGGUUGGGCGGAUCUGGGUGAAAGGAUUAUUAGACCAUGGUGUCAUGCCAGUGAGGCUAUCAAAGGCUUUCGUGUUAGCUUGCAUCCAUGGCAUUGAUUCAGUUGAUCGAGACAUCCUAAUUUCAUCAUUCCUUAACUACCUUCCUCCCAUUGAGAGGUCAGCAGUUGAGAAGGGCCUCCAGGGCACAAUGGAGGAAAGUGAUGAAGAGGACUUGCUUGACAUAUUUACAAGGAUGGGUUCCCACUGCCUCCCGCAAAGAAUAUCUUACAGCCUUCCAUUGAAACAAUGGCUCAUAAAGCCCUUCUACAAGAGCCCAAAUAUAUUCUUGAUUGUUUCGCCACAAUAUUGCAUCUUGUGCAUUACAAAUUACCGGACAAGGAAAGUGUGUUGUCCUUGUAUGAUUCAAAGAAGGCCACAGGCAAAAGAGUGUUGCAACUGCUUGAAACAACCAAGACGGUGUUGUCUCAGGGGGAGCAAGCAACCUUUAACUAUCUUCAACGUUAUGUGAAAAAUGCUGAUCAAACCAAAGCUGAAAAAAUCCUGCGUUUCUGGACUGGUUCCUCUGUCAUCUGCGUUGACAAAAUUCUGGUAUGCUUCAAUGGUGAAAGUGGACUCAACAGAAGGCUUGUUGCCCAUACCUGUGGAGCCACACUUGAAGUACCAUGUACAUACAGCUCUUACCCUGAAUUCCGCACAGAGUUUGACAAUAUUUUGUCCAGUAACCACUUAGAAAUGGACAUCCUCUAAACCUGACAACUCUCCUGAUCAGGCCUAUAUAUUUAUGUGCAUGCGAGUGUGUAUGUAUACACACAC